AUGAGCAAGAACAAGCGAAAAAAGCGGUCGAAGCGUGCAGUUCCAUCGUCAACUGCUUCGUUGCCAGAAGGAAAUUCUAGCUCUAACGUAGACAACAAAAAACAGAGGACAGAGAAGGCGAUUGGUAAAGCUGAGACUGAAGUCAAGAUUGAUACUCUUAGCUUCCACGAUGCGUUUACGACAGGUUUGGCAUUUGAACAGCUCCAGUCGCUUGACGGGGCGCUAGCAGCUUUUCAAAGAGCAGUCGAAUGUGAUCCAAAUCAUUUUGACGCACUUAUACAUCUGGCGGACGUCCAUUCAGCCAUUGGACAGCACGAUGCGGCGCUUGAGCGCUACAAGCAGGCCAGCAAGCUGAAAGACGGCAAGGAAGUUGCGUCUCUCUGGUUUCGAUUGGGUGUGACAUAUUCAGCUAUGAUGCAGCAAACAAAGGCGACAUUUACCUACAAGAAGGCAUUGGAGCUUUAUGAAAAGAAAUUAAAAUUACAGGACACAAAGGAGACGUUUCUUGUUCAGCUGAAAAAGGAUCACAGUGUCACGCUGGCGGCUCUUGCUGAGUCAUUUGGUGAGCUUGGAGAUCUUGAUUCUGCAGUUAAGGUGUAUGAAGACGCUGUGUUGAAGCACCCAAACGAUGCAAAUAUGCAUUACAAUCUGGCAAACAUGCGUCUAGCAAGAAGUGAAAACACAGGCAAUACUUCCUUUGAUACCGAAGUGAUGAAAUGCUUGGAACGAGCUUUACAGCUUUGUCCUGAGACGCUUGAGUUUGUGAAAGAUCUAGCUGAAUAUCUGGAGGCACAUGAUCAACAGCCAGAUCGAGUGUGCGAACUUAAAAGAAUAGCGAAAGAUCUUUCUAGUCUCGAUUUAGAGUAA